UUAAGGCUCCUUACGUUUAUUUUAUUCGGAGAACCAGUUUAUUUUAUGAAUUAUUUCUGUGGUGUCCAGUAUUGCGGCAGGGGCAUAAAUUAAGUUUAAAGGAAAGUUUCAUUGAUAAAUAUGAAUUAUUCAAAUCUAAAUUUUUAAAAGUAAUAAUACUAGAAAAAUAUGAAAAAAAUGUUAUCCGAAUAUUUGAUGUUAAAAAUGUUAUAGACCGAAAUACAAUAGCCCGGGCGUUAUUUAACGUGACCUCGGGUUAAUGAGGGACGAGGAAUUAGUUUAAUAAAUAGAUAAUAUUUGGGACUUUUUAGCGUGGUUAAAAAUUGAGAUUUGAUAUUUGAACAUUUUAUUGUUCGUGACUGGGAUGUUGCAUCACAGUACACACAUCAAACGACCAAUAAGCUAUUAAGCUUUUAAUAAAUAGUUAUAAAAUGUUGUCCAAUCCAUGGCAUAUUGUAUUGUAUGCUAAGUUUAACCAACAUUGUUUUUUGAUAAAAUUGAGUUAAAUGCAAACGUUCUAUUUUGAUUAAACUAGAUACAAUGUCAUCUUCAAAGAAAUCUGCCGAAUCAAAUUCUUCGGACUUAAAUAAAUCCGAACCCAGGAACUUAAACGCCCGACUAAAAUCAUAUUUUGAGUGGGUUCGCCGUCUCGAGGAACGUAACACAAGGCUGCAGGAGGAAAUGGCUUCAAGGAAAGAGGUCCGCUCACAGGAGAUUGCCAGUAUGUGUUCAUCAUAUGACGAGGCUCUCUCCUCGACUCGAAGUUCGUUAGAUCAUUGCGCUAAAGAGAAAGCGAGCUUAGAAAUGGUUGUAGAAAAUGCCAGGUUUGAGAUUUUGAAUAUAGAACUGAAGAUGAAGGAUAAGGAUGAGGAGAUAUCCAUUCUAGAUUCGUUGAAUAUUCGUCUUCAUUCACAGAAUACCAGACUCAGGAAGCAGGCACAGAGUGCAGACGACGAACUGGGACUCUUCAGAUAUGAUUACGAUUCCGUCAAGAACAAUUUGGAGGAUACUCGUGAAAAGCUUGAGGCUGAGACUAUAAGACGGAUUGAUAUUCAGAAUAAGAUUUUAACAGUUCAGGAGGAGAGGAGUUUCAAUCAAACCAUCCUGGAAUCUAAAAGAUCUGAAAUAGUUCUACAGACUGAGAGGGAGAAGGAUGAGAUCUUGAAGAAGUAUGAGAAGGAGUACGAGGAGAAGAUUAAGAUCGAGGAGGAGAAAUUGAAGGUUGUAAGUCAUGACGGGGAAAGUUCUCUGCGUAAGAAGAAGAUCUCCGAAUUGGAAGAAAAGCUUGCCAAGGCCUGUGAUGCAACACAAAGUGCUCUUUUCAUUAAGAAUGAGAUGCAGAUUAGGUCAGAGAGUUUGUCAAGAACUGUUAUUGAGCUUGAAAAGGAAAACUCCGACAUCAUCAGAAGGGUUAAUAUUCUAGAUUUUCAAAUAGAAGAGUUGAAACGGGAGAACCGGUUGGAUUUAGCUCUUAGGAACAGUCGUCUCGACUUCAUGAAAGAGAAGAAUGAUGAGGCAAUCAAAGAUUUGCAAGAUUUGACAGAAAUGAAGGAAGCUCUUGACGCUGAGAUCUCUUCAUAUCAGAAUCAGUUGGAAGAAGAAGAGUUUAGGUUUGGACAAUCUAUUGAGAGAAGUGGUAGGAGUAAUACAACCAAAAAGCAGAGACUAGACAAUGGAUAUAUUAGUGGAGAGGAGACGGAUCUUAGUCAGAGUCUGUCUACAGAUACCGAUUCGAAGAAUAUAUCCUGGGAUGAUAAUGAUGAUGGAGCCGGACAGAAGGAGAGCACACCCCCUCCUAACGAGGUCAAAGAGGAGAUCAACUCCUCUAACAAAGUCAAGGAGGAGAAUAUUUCUCAACUAAACCUAGAAGAUGGAAACCUCUUCUUCAACUAAACAUAGAAGAUAUAAACAACCUAGACGAAGAAAAGAAAUCCUUCAAUUGAACCUAGGAGAUAAAACCUACGUACCCUUCAACUAAACCUUGUUGAAGGAAACCCCUCCUUCAACUAAGAGAUGAAAAUGUCUCUUGCAUCUAACCUUACGAGAAAAUGUCUCUUUUCAACCAUAUAAUAAGAAUUACAUUCUGCAAACCUUUGUAUUUUGUAUCUCGAAAUUUCUACUUUUUAUAUUGUAAAAAAUGUUCACCUUUUUGCCUUCCUUCUUUAGCAUUCUUGCUUUGCUGAUUUUUAUUUGUUUUGCAACUUUAGAUAUUUUACUUUCACAUAUCUAUAGUUUCAUUACAGAAUAUAUUGGAAUUUUUUAAGCAUUGUGAGAUAAACAGUUUUAUUUCAGUUAUUCUCCGUUUCUGUUUUGUUAACAAACUAAUCUAACAAAUUCACUGGACACAGUUUAAGCAAAGUUUAUUAGUUUUAAAUAGCAAAACAUUGAAACCUUAAGUUCAAGUUUAUUGUAAUUUUUUUUUUAAUAAAAAAAGGAAAAGUUUACUCCUACAUGUCUAUUAAAGAUGCGUACAACUCUUGUUUAAUCAUUUAUUCAGCAUUUUACUAUCGUGAUGCGUAAUAUUCAUUGAAUCGUAUAAUAACGAUCGUUUAAAAUGCUAAAAUCAUAGUGAAAGGAAAAUUAAGAGUUUAAGGUUUUAAGCAUUAUCCCCUCAGAGUACAUAAUGAACCAUACAGAAUCCAGAGAAUCUAGAUAUCUUUAGACUUCUACGCAUCUUGAAACAUCUUUACACUUUAAAACAGCGCAAUCGUAUUUCUAUAGGGCCGGGGGGGGGGGGGAGAUUGUAAAUUAUUAGUAUAAAUAGUUAGAUAGAUAAAAACCAUGACUGUCCUGCCGCAAUAUACGUUUAAUUGUGUUCUGAUAUGAUGAAGAAUUGUACAUAUUUUAAAAGAAGAAAAGCUUGCUAACUAAUAAACUUAAACUUCAUA